AUGGACGCGAGGGUGUACCACCGGAUUCACGCCCUACGUCAGAGCGGUGAUAGCGAGCCAGAAGAGGCGCUCAAGUCCAUCAAGUGGCAGGAACGGCACACUGCUUUCCUAGUCUGGUGCGUUUGGCUCACUGUCAUGUCGGCGAUGCUGAAUGGAGAUGUAGCGUGGAGGGCCGUAACCUCUUUCUGCGAGACCGCGAUGGUCAAGAAGGAGGCUGCUGAGAUGGGUCGAGCGAGAACAGAUCCCCAUCGGGGACGGAGUCACCGAGGCGAGGGUACACUUCGUUAUGGUCCU